AUGGGUCGAGCUCUCGACAAUGCUAUGCUUAACGUAGGCCAGAAGGAUAUCGCAAAGGCUGGUCUUUCCGAGCUCGGAUUUCGAAUUGAGGAUAUCAUUACUCAGGAAAACGAUGCCGCCCUGGGUAACGGUGGUCUAGGCCGACUUGCUGCCUGCUUCCUCGAUAGUUUGGCCUCUCUCAACUACCCCGCCUGGGGUUAUGGUCUACGAUAUCGAUAUGGUAUUUUCAAGCAGGAAAUAGUAGACGGAUAUCAAGUUGAGGUGCCUGACUACUGGCUUGACUUCAAUCCUUGGGAGUUUCCUCGACAUGACGUCGUUGUUGAUGAGCAGAUUCAAUUCUUUGGUCAUGUUAGGAAGACCACAGAUUCCAACGGUAAGUCCGUUGCCAUUUGGGAAGGUGGUGAAAUCGUCCAGGCUGUCGCCUACGAUGUCCCUAUCCCGGGUUAUGACACACCCACUACAAACAACCUGAGACUCUGGUCCAGCAAAGCUUCUGGCGGAGAAUUUGACUUCCAGAAAUUCAACAAUGGUGAUUACGAAAGCUCGGUUGCCGAUCAACAGCGGGCUGAGACCAUCAGCGCCGUUCUAUACCCCAAUGAUAACCUGGACCGUGGAAAGGAGCUUCGUCUAAAGCAGCAAUACUUCUGGGUGGCGGCCUCCCUGUACGAUAUCGUCCGCCGCUUCAAGAAGUCCAGCCGUCCUUGGAGGGAAUUUCCUGAUCAAGUGGCCAUUCAGCUCAAUGACACCCACCCCACGCUGGCUAUUGUUGAGUUGCAGCGAAUCCUCAUCGACAUUGAGCACCUCGAAUGGGAUUUGGCCUGGGAUAUCGUUGUCAAGACUUUCAGCUACACCAACCACACUGUUCUGCCUGAAGCUCUGGAGAAGUGGCCUGUUGGUCUGAUCCAGCACCUCCUGCCCCGUCACCUGCAGAUUAUCUACGACAUUAAUCUGUUCUUCCUCCAGAAAGUCGAGAAGGCUUUCCCCAACGACCGUGAUAUCUUGAGCAGAGUGUCUAUCAUUGAGGAGUCUCAAACGAAGAUGGUGCGCAUGGCUUUCUUGGCGAUUGUUGGAUCGCACAAGGUCAAUGGUGUCGCGGAGUUGCAUUCAGAUCUCAUCAAGACCACCAUCUUCAAAGAUUUUGUCGAAAUUUAUGGUCCGGACAAGUUCAUCAAUGUCACCAACGGUAUCACUCCUCGCCGCUGGCUACACCAGGCCAACCCUCGACUUUCGGAGCUUAUCGCUUCCAAGGUUGGAGGCAACGGUUUCCUCAAGGAUCUUACAAAUCUCAACCAACUCGAAAAGUAUGCUGAGGAUAAAGAGUUCCGAAAGGAAUGGUCGGAGAUCAAGUACGCCAACAAGGUCCGACUUGCUAAGCUCAUCAAGUCUCUCGUGGGUGUCACUGUGAACCCUUCCGCUUUAUUCGAUGUCCAAGUCAAGCGAAUCCACGAGUACAAGCGUCAACAGCUCAACAUCUUUGGCGUUAUCCACAGAUACCUUUACCUUAAGUCUUUAACCCCCGAAGAGCGCAAGAAGGUUGUCCCUCGUGUCUCCAUAUUCGGAGGCAAAGCUGCACCGGGAUAUUGGAUGGCGAAGCAGAUUAUUCAUCUCGUCAACGCUGUCGGCUCCGUGGUGAACAACGAUGAGGACAUUGGUGACCUUCUCAAGGUGAUCUUCCUGCCUGAUUACAACGUCAGCAAGGCCGAGAUCAUCACUCCUGCAUCAGACCUCAGCGAACAUAUUUCCACGGCCGGUACCGAGGCGUCUGGUACCAGCAACAUGAAAUUUGUCUUGAACGGUGGACUCAUUAUCGGCACUUGUGAUGGUGCAAACAUUGAAAUCACCCGCGAGAUUGGCGAGAACAACAUCUUCCUAUUUGGAAAUCUUGCUGAGGAUGUCGAAGACCUCCGCCACAAUCACCAGUACGGCUCACACGAGAUCGAUCCAGAUCUGCAAAAGGUGUUUGCCGAGAUUGAGAAGGGCACGUUCGGCUCAGUCCAUGACUUCAGUGCUUUGGUUGCAGCCGUCCGUGACCAUGGCGACUACUACCUGGUAUCUGACGAUUUCCACAGCUACAACGAGACUCAUAAGCUUGUGGACGAGGCGUACCAGAACCAAGAGGAGUGGAUCAAGAAGACAAUCACGUCUGUUUCCCGCAUGGGUUUCUUCAGCAGUGAUCGCUGCAUUGACGAGUACGCUGAGAGCAUCUGGAAUACCGAGCCUCUUGUUAUCCAUGACUAGAUUAUGAAAGACCUGGGUAUGAAGGAUAGACAUGGAUGUGGGAAUAGAACCACAGACUAGCGUG